AUGCGCAAGGCCGCCGGCAAGGCUGACAACCUGAGCCAGUGGUACGGCCCGGAUCGCAGCAUGUUCCUCGGCCCGUUCAGUGCACCGCCCGCGUACCUGAAAGGCGAGUUUCCCGGCGACUACGGGUGGGACACGGCGGGGCUGUCGUCCGACCCCGAGACGUUCGCCAAGAAUCGCGAGCUGGAGGUGAUUCACUCGCGCUGGGCCAUGCUCGGCACGCUUGGCAUCGUGUUCCCCGAGCUUCUAGCGCGCAACGGUGUGCCGUUGCAAGCGGCGUUGUGGUUCAAGGCGGGUGCGCAGAUCUUCUCCGAGGGCGGGCUCGACUACCUGGGCAACCCCGCGCUCAUCCACGCGCAGAGCAUCCUCGCCACGCUCGCCGUCCCACCAAUCAUGGUGAUUGAAGCGGUGGAGAGCUACCGCGCGGGCGGUUUGGAGGGGUUCCAGGAGGUGGAGGAUCCGAUCUACCCGGGCGGCGCGUUCGACCCGCUGGGGCUGGCGGACGAUCCGGAUGCGGCGGCGGAGCUGAAGGUGAAGGAGCUCAAGAACGGCCGCCUCGCGCAGGUGUCGGCGCUGGGCUUCUUCGUGCAGCAUCCCAAAAAAGUCCCCCGCAAAUUUCUACCCCAAGAAGUUGGGGCCCAAUCCCGUGCGUUCCCGCUUCUCGCGGACCCAAUUCGAACGCGAGCCGCAUCUGCGCUGUUAAGUUCAUCGCUUUAA